GGCAACGGCAUAGAAUUGUUUUUGUGCUUGUGUAUUUAUUGUGGAUAUUAGUGAUAAAACAGCUUUGUAGUUUCGAAGUGGAUAAUAGUUCGUAAUUUUUUUCUGGAUUUACACCUGAAAGUCGACAAGCGUGGAGUUGCCAUACUGACAUCGCAGUAUCCUGGAGACGAGGCUGGCAGCCGGAAGCGGGUUUGCGGAAACACUGGCGAGGUCAUGCGUCGGAUAAUGUGACGUCAGGGACAUGUCCGCCAAGGACGACGACAACAGCGCCAGUGCAGCGGGAGGCCCCCUGCGGCCCGCCGCGCUCGCGGCCAGCCCCUGCCACCCCCGGCCGGACGCCGCCGCCCCCGCCGCCGUCUCCUUCGCGCACCUGCCGCCCCCGCCGCUGCCACACAACGAUAUGGCACGUGACUCACCGCCCACGUCGAGCCCCGUGCUUCAGCGCCGAGGCGCCACCGGCGCCAGCAUCGCUGCCGCCGGGGUCGGCCUGCCCGGCAUGCCACUCGAUAAGGAGCACGCCUUCCACCAGCAGAUACAGCAGCUGAAGAAGCAGCAGCAGCUGCAGCAGCAGAUCCUCCUGCAGCACUUCCAGGCACAGAGGCAGCAGCUGGCCGAGCAGCACGAGCAGCAGCUCCGCCAUCACAUCAAGCUGUGGGAGCAACAGAAGCAGCUGGAGGAACAGCGCGAACGCAGGGAGAAGGAGAAACUGGAGGCGAUCAAGAAGAAGGACAAGCACGAGCAGAGCGCCGUUGCUUCCACCGAGGUCAAGCAGAAGCUGCAGAACUUCCUGCUAAACAAGAAGCAGUGUGAGGCUGCAGCUGCUGCUAAUGGAGCCACUUCAGCCUCCGGGAUGUCUUCAUUGUCGGGUUCUGCAUCAAAUUUCCGCAACUGGAGUAUCCUACACGGUCACGACGGAGGACCGGGAACGGCGGCAGCUGGGUCCUCGGCGGGGGCACACCCAUACCGCCUACCGUCCAUUGUAGCCAAGUAUGAUGACGACUUCCCUCUCAGGAAGACAGCAUCCGAACCAAACCUGCUCAAGGUGCGACUCAAGCAAAGGGUGAUUGAGCGCCGAUCUAGCCCCAUCGCCAGGCGCAAAGAUCGACUUCUGGCCAACAUCAAGAGGAAGUCACAACUCGCAACGGAAGUGAAUGCUGGUGGUGUGGGAGCAAACAGUGUGGACUCUGGUCCAAAUUCCCCCCCGGCAAUCCCAGGUGGCGGAGGCCGCCAGCCCUCACCAUCUCACCAGAUGGGUCGCAGCAGCACACCAAUUCAAGAGGAAGGUGAAGGCUGUGGCAGCCAGCAGGGCAGCGUGGGAGAGCUCUCACUGUACAGCAGCCCGUCGAUGCCCAACAUCUCACUGGGGCGACCUCCGACUCACUCUGUGCCGGAUGCAACGCACUUGCACGGAAGCGCAGGGUUGGGCACAGUGUCAGAGGCAGAAGUACGUGCUGCCUUCACAGCCAGGCUGGGAAUGCCACUCACCGGUCAAAUGCUGCCGGGGACUCUGCCUUUUUACCCAACAUUACCAGUGAUCGACGGGGAGUACAGCUAUGCCGGUGGCAGUGCCACCCUUGGAACUGCACCCGGAAUUACAGAUGCACAGGUGGCGCACGCCCGCCUGAAUCGCCGCCCACUGGGACGCACGCAGUCGGCACCGCUCCCGCUGGGCCACCCCGUGCUGGCACUUGUGCCACCAUCGCACUCUCCUUCUCAGUACGACGACUUCCAGCACCAGCAGCAACAGCAGCAGCACAACUUCCUGAGACAGCAAAUCCGGCAGACAGUACUGACGCGUGCUGGCAGCCGUAGUCAGGCAGCUGCAGCUGCAGCUGCAGCGGCUGGUGGGGGUGGUCCCGGCGGGAUCACCGCUGGACAGCUGGACGAGGCGCCAGAGGUGGAGGCUGAUGACUCAGCCGAGAUUAUUGAUCUCACAGAUCGCCGCAGUGACGAAAGUGAAAUGUCUCGGCAGCAGCGUGAUCGCGAGCGUUUCUUGCAGCAGCAGCGUGACCUCAUGAUGAGACACACGGCACAGGGCAGUGAUGGUUCAUUUCUGGGCCGGCCGUCAGUGUCUGGGAGGCCACUGGCACGAGCCCUGUCCAGCCCUCUGGUAGCUGUAGGUGCCAGUGAGGGAGCUGGCCCCACAUCCGGGACAGCUCUGGCGUUUGACUCAGCCAUGCUGAAGCACGCGUGUGUCUGCGGGGACAACUCGGGCCACCCGGAGCACGGCGGACGCCUGCAGAGUGUGUGGGCGCGUCUGCUGGAGACGGGGCUGGUAGCACGCUGCCAGCGCCCAAGGGCGCGCAAGGCAUCACUCGAAGAGAUCCGUGCCUGCCACUCGGAGGCACACGCCCUGCUGUUCGGCACCAGCCCGCUCAACAGGCAGAAACUGGAUGUCGGCAAGCUGUCUCAGCUACCGGUCAAGAGCUUUGUGCGGCUGCCGUGUGGAGGGGUCGGCGUGGAUUCGGACACCACCUGGAAUGACGUUCACACGGCGACGGCAGCACGCACGGCCGUUGGGUGUGUGGUGGACCUGGCUUUCAAAGCCGCAACAGGUGACAUCAAGAAUGGAUUUGCCAUAGUGCGCCCACCAGGCCAUCAUGCAGAAGCUUCACAGGCUAUGGGCUUUUGUUUCUUUAAUUCAGUGGCCAUUGCAGCACGACUGUUACAACAGAGGUUAAACCUACACAGGAUCCUGGUAGUUGAUUGGGAUGUGCACCAUGGAAAUGGCACCCAACAGAUGUUCUACGAUGACCCACGCAUUUUGUAUUUAUCGAUCCAUAGACAUGAUGAUGGAAAUUUUUUCCCAGGCACAGGAGGACCUACAGAGUGUGGUAUGGCGGAAGGCUUGGGUUUCAAUGUAAACGUUGCGUGGUCGGGAGGCCUGGCUCCUCCAAUGGGCGAUGCGGAGUACUUAGCUGCAUUCCGGACGGUGGUCAUGCCCAUUGCAAAGGAGUACUCUCCAGAGGUGGUGCUGGUGUCUGCAGGGUUUGAUGCAGCUGCAGGGCACGCUGCUCCUCUGGGUGGCUACAAAGUCUCCCCAGCGUGCUUUGGCCACAUGACUCAUCAGCUGAUGCAGCUCGCUGAUGGAAAGGUCAUACUCUCACUAGAAGGUGGAUAUGAUCUGGCCUCCAUAUGUGAUUCAGCUGAAGAGUGUGUGAGAGCUCUCCUAGGUGAUGAACCCAGCCCUCUGUCUGAAGAUGAGCUGCAACGAUCACCGUGUCAGAAUGCUGUGGACACACUGCAGAAGACUAUUGCAAUACAGCUGUCACAUUGGCCCUGCCUGAAGAGAGCAGCACACACGGUCAGCUGGUCUGCGAUGGAGGCAGCGCAGAAGGAGGCGGAGGAGUCGGAGACACUGUCAGCCAUGGCCAGCCUGUCGAUGCGGCACCAGUCCAACAGCCUGCAGUCACCACCACAUUCACGUGAGCCAUCAGAGGAACCUAUGGAACAGGAUGACGCAAAGUGAACAGCCACUGCACAUUUCUCGAAUAUUAUUGUCAUAAAUGGCUACUGCAAACCAGGCAGGCUUUUGUAAAUGGGUGUUGAAAAUAUACCCAGUGUAUUGGAAUUGUACUUUGGCUGCAAGCUGUGUGCAGCUAUAAAAAUCUCUAAGAAUGUUUCAUUGAGCAGUGGCUUCCUUAUUGGAAAGUGUAUGAUGCGUACUUUUGAUUGUUGGGCAUCGAUGUAUGUGAUGCCCUAGUUUGUUGUGAAAGAAACACAAAGUUUGUGUUUGAUUCGGAGAAGGUUCUUGGAAAGCAAAGACGUCACUGGUUGACUGUAUUGAUUCAGUGUUGUACUUCUGUUCAGAUGCAACGAAUGUGAAAAACGUAUUUGUAUGAUCCAUAUCUCCAUGUUGUAUUGUUGACACAUUUUCUUUAGUAAUUUGGCAUGUUUUGUUUUACGUAGAGUGUAUCUUGUUAUGUGAAGGAAUUGAGAAGGAGAUUUAUUACAGAAGUAUUUGUUUGUGAAGUAAUUAAUAUUUCAUACAAAAGACAUUAGUUAUAGGAAAUAUGAUUUGAUGAAAUUAGGUGUUGUAUGUAUGCAUGUGUGUGUCUAUGUAUAUAUAUAUAUAUAAAUGUCUUUUUACAGUGUCAGAUGAUACACAUUAUUUUUUUUAUGUAUAUUGCGUGAAUAUAUGGCUGUAACUGAUAGCCUAAUGGUAAAUGUUGACAGUUUAUUGUAACAGUAGUUUAUGAAGUGCUGGACACUUUAUUUCUCGAGUUUUCUGUCUUUGUCAGAUAUUGUGGGAUUAUACAAGUGAUGUGUUAAACGUCAUGUUUUGAGUUGCAAUUGUACAUUGAUGUUGCAUAUAAUAGCCAGUUUUGUGAUAAAAGAUAUAACAAUUAUGUACUUUAAAUUUCAGUUGCAAAAGUAAUUAGUUACGUGUCCAUAAGUGUUACAUAGUAUUUGUACGACAAGUAUGUCGAGCUCAUGUUUGUGUACCUCGACGUAUAAUAUAUGUUGUACAAGCUUGUUCGGUAUGUCGGAGAUGCUAAAUUGUAUGGUAAUUGUGAUAAAUGUGCAGGCGUGAUUCGAAGAGCAUUUAUUUUUAUGUCAAGGAUUUUACAUAUAUAUUUAAAGAAAAAACUGAUCAAAUUUUUAAUGGGAAAUAUUAUUUGUUGUUAUACAGAUUUGUAUAUGUGGUUACAUAUAAAUUCUGACCGUCUUUAAUGUCAUUGAAAAGUUAAACUUUUAAUAAAUGCAAGUGUUGUUUGUCCAUAGUCGUUGUGAGAGAAUGUUUAUUCUUAUCUGACAGAUAACUGUUAUAGUUGCAAAUAUUUUAUGCGAUAAUGAGCCGUUUGCAUUCACUGUGAGAAGGAGCUUUAUAAAUGGUUGUGAUGAUGGUAUAUAUAUAUGAGAGCUGCCUGUAUUGUCUAAGUAAGAUGCCGACAUUCCUGUAUGAGAAAGUAGAACUGAAUGUUCCUGAUUUAUGUAACCGUGAAUCUGUAAUAGAAGUGAAGAUUGCACAUAUUCAUUGUCUUACUUGAAAUCUGAGCUUACAGGAACGUAAGAAGUGUAUUUCAUCACGUAACUGAUGCCUUGUGGCACUCUUCUUACCCUCUUUUUUUAAAUAAAUAAAUAAAUAAGUAAAUAAAAAAUUGCUGACAGUUGUCAGCAGUGAACAGGCACAUGCAAGUCAUUACUUAAUGUUAAGUUCAGGUUUCUUAUUUCUUUCUUUUUUUCCUUUGUCAUACUGAUACAUUCCGACAGAACACAGCAAUCCUCUUUCGUAUUGCACUGAAAACUGCUUUGAAGCACCUUGCCAUGAAGAGAGGGAAUGAAGUUUGGAGGGAGGUAGAGGGUAGUUUUGGAAAUAUAGCCAGCACAUUUGUCCCCCUCAUGUGCCUGUGUUCAGCUGGGACUUGUUGAGCAGGGUGAACAGCAAUUUGUGGCUCACUUUGAUUAUUACCUUGUUUGUCCUAGCUGCUGGCCUAGUUAUGCAGACAACAUUAUUUGUAACGGUAAUCUACUGUAUUUUAUUCAUUGUGUGUCUUUACAUAAUAUUCUAACUGUACUUUUGCAGACAGAUGCAUACGCUAGAAUUUGGUUGAGGUCAUGAAAUUGGUAAUUAUUGAUGUUCUCCAUUUACUUAGUGAACUAAGCAUACUUUCACACACACAUUCUGUGCCAUUUCUGCUUCUGACUUUGCUGUUUAUCACCUUAAAACCUAACUGUAUCACAUUCACUAUGUUGACUGUUUGUGCAGAUAUUAUAUUUGCUAAAUAUUUCCAUAUUUCUGUUGCACAAUAGGAAAAAUGUUUGGUCUCGUGAUGGCACAUACAUGAGGACACAAGUAUUGAAAGUGUACAGUUUAUGAGCUACAAAAUAUUGGAAAAGUAUUUUUGUCCUUACGAUUAUUUGUAUCUAUUUCAUCAAGUUUGUUAUUAAUACAAAGUUACAAACAACAGAACAUGAGUGAAAUGUGUGAUGGCCAUCUUGUUAAUCAAUAAAAUAAGCCUGACUUGGUUGAAUUUUUGUGCUUCUGUGCAUACCAGUUGUAUUAGCUUCACCAUUGUGAAGAAUGCUUUGCAUUUUGAAGUAAUUACAUUGUUUACUCUUUACUGAGCAUUUAAUAUCUUAAUUGCCUGGAGGUCUUGAGAGACAUGGAAUAAAUUUUUAAUACUUGUACCACACAGCGAGAAAAAAAUGGUUAAUAGUUCUACACUGAUAGCUCUCAAAUGAAAGUGUGGCAGAUUUUGCCUUGGUUUAUGUGUCACAGAUAUGUAUGAACAUUGAGCUAAUGGACAUAAACAUUCUAAUUAACCAUACCAUAUAAAUUAAACAGAUGUAGAUUAUCUUAAGAAAAGUCAUUCACUCUUGAGAAAGUGAUUUUCUCAGUAUAUUUUCCUUUUCUUGUAGUGUACAUUCUCGAAUAACGAUUUGGAACUCUCUUUCAGUUUCUUAUUAGAUUACAUCAAUAACAUCCCUCAAAUGUGUGUUCAAGGAAGGUUAUCAAAAUAAUUUUCACCUAUACCGAUUGUCAUAAAUAUAUAACACAUCAGCCCAUUCUGUCAUAUAAAUAAAGCUGCAUAAUCCAGCUUAGAUCAUCUAUCAGAGUGGUCAUAAUUUGUGUGUGUGUGUGUGUGUGUGUGUGUGUGUGUGUGUGUGUGUGUGUGUGUGUGAGAGAGAGAGAGAGAGAGAGAGAGAGAGAGAGAGAGAGAGAGAGAGAGAGAGAGAGAGAGUGAGAAAGAGAGAGAGUGUGUUAGUAUAUUUUGAAGUAUAUGUCACUUGAUAAAAAAGGGGGAACCAAGGCAGAGAACACUGAAAUUAAAUUACUUGUAUUUAUACACAUUGUUAAUUCUAGUCAAAAGUUACAGUGGAACAUUCCAUACAUUUAAAGAAAUAAAAUAUGUUUCAGGUACCUGAAUGUCACUUAAAGCUUAUGGGGAAAUACCUGUGAGUUUGCCUAUGUGUUGGAAUGCUCACAUAAAUCCUUAUUUUCAGAUACCUAAUGUAAAUAAAAUUAAAAUAAAUGUAUUAUUUCAGUAAUCCAUAAUUUUUAAAGCACUGACCUUGCCCCUCAGAUUUAAUUUGUAAAAAAAAGAGGAUGAUAAAGUUGUCAUAAUGUUGUCUAAUUGCAAUUGAGCAAAUGUUUCUGUCAUUAAAUGCUACAGUGUAAAGGAUUUGUAAUCAGAGGUGCUGUGCCUAGUCUCUUAUGACAGCACCGGUAACUUUUUCUUUUAACGGUUUGCUCUUAUAAAUAAGUCAGCAUAAGUAAAAUGAAAGUAGUAUGCGUAAAAUGAACUGGAAGGUUGCAUAUUUCUCCACAUUAUCUUUAGGUGUAUGGGGAAAUUAUCGUGGCAGAACUAUGGAAUCUUAAUUAACCACAUCCCUAAAAGCCCCAUGAAAUGGAGUCUUAAUUAUUGGGAAAAAAAUUAGAUAAAACAAUGAUUUUCCAACCGUUUUAACUAUCAGUGCUGCAAGAUGAUUGUUUUGUUACAUAGUUGUGAGGAUUAAAAGUGAUUAGGAGGGGAAUUCUUCCAAACUCUGUAGAAGAAUAAGGAUUUCCAUAACCUAUAGAGAAGCUUAAAUGUCAUAAGUGGAUCUAUCAGUUCUUGUAUUUGUUGUUAUCUAAGGACAGUCCAAUAGGACAAGAAUGGCAUAAAUGCUAACAGUUUACCAAACUUGAGCUUCAGUUCUGUGAGAUUUAUUUGUCUGAUGUGCAAAAUUCUGUAUCUGACUUUAUUUUGAUUGCUAACAGUUUUGUGUGAACAUUUUGUCCUAUUCAGGAUUUCCAGUGAUUGUCAACUACACCAAGAGCUAAUUUUCAGUAGUUGUUAAAUUUAUGAGCAGAAGUACUGUCCUGUCUCUCCUCAGAACUGUUGCUAGCAAGAUAUGUGUUGUUAAUCCACCAUAUUGUAAACUGUAGAUGACAGGUUGGGACUGUGACACAAAAUUAAUUCUCAGCUGCUCAGAAUUCAGAAGCUUUUCACACCAAACAUAAAGCUUGUGUUUCAGGCUGUUUUAGACAUUCAUAAAAUGACACAUUUAUGGAAUCUCUUUUUUGUAAGAGCCUUAAAUACUAUGUAAAUCUACAGACAUUUGGCAUUGUUUCAAUGCUGGACUUAACAAUAUAGUCGGGUAGUUGUUACAUCAAUAAAAAGCAACAAAACUAUAUAGUAAUUGAAAAGAAAUUUGUGUUAUGUUGUCACUGAAAAUAUCAUUAUAUAUGCUGCAAGUAUUUCUUCUUUCAUAGAAAAGCUCCUAGCUUUGAGGAACUCAAUGUCAACACUUCAUGUACAAAAGAAACAUAAGUUGGCAUCAAAUGCACUACAUCUCUUUUUAAGUUUUUCCACAGAACGCACUUUAAUUAUGUAUGUAUUUGUGUCACAUUAAAAGAUUGUGUCAGCUGUGUGUGUAUUUACCUGAUCUACAGUACCAACAACUGAGUUGACCUUCUUUUCCACUGCUGAUAACUGCUUGCAAUGAAUGUGUUACAGGACAGGAAUUUCUUAUUCAUUAGUAGAACUUUUUUGUGCUUUUAUUUUGUGGAAAUGGAAUUCUGGCUGUAGCAUAUAAUUGACAGUAAAAUUUUGCCGUUUAUAUAGAUUCGAAGGCGCCUGCUGUCAUUCUAGGAGUGUGGCAAAUUUUUAAUGUUUGCCUCCACCUUACUUCCCUAUAACUCUUUAAAAAAAAUGCAGAAUAGAAACUUCUCUCCCCCCUUCUCAACCCUCCCCCUCCCUUUACAAUGUUAUUUAUACCUGAUAUCUAAUAACUGGAAAGAAAUACCUGCUAUUUAAAUCCAAGUUUGUUUGGUCUGGUUUUCAGUCAUAAAGUGUAUUACUAUACCAGUUUGUAUAGCGAGGACAGAAGGAAUUUGCUUGGUCAAUCUAAAUUCAUAAAAUAUGGUAUGCUGUAAAUCACACUAUCUCUAAUAUAUAUUUUGUGUGUAGAUUAUUCUGUGAAAAUAAUAAUUUGAUACCAAGUGUAUAAUUACUCUCUUGUUAAGUGAAUCUCAUAUACUUUGUCACCGUGUUUCACAUGUAUGACUUGUGAUGUAGUCUCGCAUUGUGUAUUUCAAGCUUCUUUCGAGGAUGAAAUAUAAAUGUUUGAAAGAUUGUAGGUCCUCAUUGUUAUGCUCAUGUAGUGACUUUUGAUUGUUGCUUGUUACAUUUAACAUGUGGAUGUAUAUUGUUAAAUUUAUAUCUAUUUUAUGAAUAUGUUGUAACAAUUUUAUGUCACAUAAAAGUUGCCAUAUGUAAAUGCUAAACCACAGAGCAUGUUAAUAUUAUUAAGUAUAGAGCUAUAAUGCUGUCAUAUGUUGUCAGUGUCUUUCAGAAUACAUGUUUACAUUUGUUGAUGGCAUGAUUGUGUGCAAUAGCAGAAGCGUGCAAGUUACUGUUAUCGCUAAUGAAUUUUAUGUAUCAAUAAAUUUUCCAUUUUGAUGAAAGUU